AUGACUAGAAGUACAGGUUAUGAUACAUUCCCAGAACAAUCUCCUAAAUAUAUUUCGAGGCUUAUUUUCAACCAAGUUGAUUCAAAUUCUUUCAUAGCCAGCAAUAAGCAUCAUCUUAAUUCUGAAGAAGAAGAUGACACUAAAGAAAAAUACAAUACAAAUCAGACAAUUAUUGGAGAUGCAAAUAGUUUUUUAGAAACAUUAAAAGAAGAUACAGUUGCACUAAUGAAUAAAGAUAUAAAGGAGAAGAAAAAAAUGCUAAACAAUAUCGAACAAGAUAUUAAAUCAUUAUUUAAAGAAAUUAUUUCUUAUGAUAUUAAUAUGACUAAAAUAAAACUUAAACCAAAAGAGAUAGAAAUGAUGGAGGACACAAACUUGUUUCUUGAACCCAUAUCAGAAGAAACUUACAUAGUUAACAUUUUAGUACCAAUCCUUAAUAAAAUUUUUAUCAAAAAUAAAAAAAGCUGA